UCCACUUCGAUACCUUAACUCUUUUAAUUUUUUAAUUCCAUUUUAAAUUACUAAACAAAUUGUAAAAGGGUUUAUUUUUCUGAAUUAUUUGACAUAGAGUUGUGUACUAUAUAUAUAGUAUAAAGAUACAUACUCCUCUGUUGGUCUUUGUUGCUUUUCUUCGUUUCCAAUUGUUCUCUUUUGCUUCUGCUAUAUCGGAGACUCGGAGUCUUCUCUUUUGGGGUUUCAGCGAGCGAGGAAUCGGACCAAAACGCAGCGAAUAAGUCUUGCAGUCUUUUAUAUAAAAUCAAUGACAGUACCUUUUCUUGAUGCUUAACUUGGCAUCAGAAGUGGUAGCAUAAAGUAUUUCUUCCAAGCAAAUGGAUCACCAAGGGCAUGGACAGCCUCCAGCUCAAAUGCCAUAUGGCAUCAACCCAUAUCAACCAAACCAAAUGAUUGGGUCCUCCCAACCAGGAUCGGCGGUCGGAUCUAUGCAGUCUCCUACUCAGACAGCCUCUUCAUCUCAGAUUGCACAAAACCAACUUGCUUAUCAGCACAUCCACCAGCAGCAGCAGCAGCAACUGCAGCAGCAACUCCAAAAUUUCUGGGCAAAUCAGUACCAAGAGAUUGAGCAGACUGCUGAUUUCAAGAACCACAGCCUGCCAUUGGCUAGAAUCAAGAAGAUUAUGAAGGCUGAUGAGGAUGUAAGGAUGAUAUCAGCUGAAGCUCCUGUGAUAUUUGCCAGGGCCUGUGAAAUGUUUAUUCUAGAAUUGACGCUGCGGUCUUGGAACCAUACAGAGGAGAACAAAAGGAGGACACUCCAGAAAAAUGACAUUGCAGCGGCAAUUACAAGGACUGAUAUAUUUGAUUUUCUGGUUGAUAUUGUCCCAAGGGAGGAUUUGAAAGAUGAAGUGCUUGCUUCCAUCCCAAGAGGAGGAGGGAAUCUUCCUGUUGGAGGAGGUGAUGGUGUUCCUUAUUAUUAUGUACCAUCGCAGCAUGCUUCACAGGUUGGUGCUCCAGGGAUGAUGGUGGGCAAGCCUGUAAUGGAUCAAAAUCUUUAUGCCCAGCAGACUCGCCCUUACAUGACUCAGACAAUGUGGCCACAGCUUCAACAGGAGCAGCCGCCAACAGAUUCUUGAGUGAAGAUUAAUAAACAUGAAUUAAGGAACAAUGUUUGUGAGUUAAUCAUGAUACUUUGGGGGUUGUAAUUUGAAAAUAAGCAGUAGAAAGUUAAUUACUUUGCUUAAUAUCUAUUUAUUACAGUUUAUGAAGUGCUUGUUUUGGGCUAUAUCA